UGUCGCUCCCCUUUCUUCUGAGUUGCAAACGUCCCCCUAAACAUCUGAUCAUAGUGAUACCCAUCUCUUUCUCUCUCUUCAUUUAUUCUCUCUCUUCAACUCUGUUUCUGUAAUUUCCUCUGAUCACACAGCUUUUGAAUGUCCAUUGCGUUCCUCAAAAUCAAUUCAACAUUCAAUUUAUUUCACAAUUUCAGAAUUUGCUAUGCUAUUCGGUGGAUUACAUGUGCAUCAGUAGUUUGAUCGGAUCGAAAGAUAGCAAUUCGGUAUUGGUUGGGUAUCUCCGCGAUUUGAAUGAAGAUCAACUUAUAAUUUAUGCAAGUAAGAUUAAUUCGUUCUUUUCAAUAUCGAAGAUUUUGGGGAUUUGAUGAUAGGCCAAAAUAGAUUUCAUUGGCAUCUAUGAAGACUAUGCGGAGGCUUCUUCGCCAUUUCCCUAAGCAUUGUUUUCAGAUGGAAUGGCAGAUCUUGUUAGUUAUGGCAAUCCUGAGCGUGACAUCGAGCAGGCAUUUGUUGCUUUGAAAAAAGGCACCCAGUUAAUCAAGUACAGCCGGAAAGGGAAGCCCAAGUUUUGCCCAUUCAGAGUUUCUCCGGAUGGAACAACAUUGAUCUGGUACUCACGAGGAGAAGAGAGGAAUCUGAACUUGUCUGCUGUUUCACAGAUUGUCCCUGGACAGAGAACAGCUGUGUUUAGAAGAUAUCUGCACCCUGAGAAGGAGUAUUUAUCAUUUUCCCUUCUAUAUAAUAAUGGUGAAAGAUCUCUUGAUCUGAUUUGCAAGGACAAAGUUGAGGCAGAAGUGUGGCUUGCAGGCCUGAAGGCUUUAAUAUCUAGUGCGAAAAAUCUUAAUAGACGUACCCAGAGUGAUAUUUCUGAUUUACAUGGUGGUUGUGAUUUCAUUCAAAAUGGCCGUCCUAGUAAUGCCCGUGUUAGGGUUUCUGUUGAUCUGAGUUCUCGUGAAACUUCUUUGAAUUUGCCAGGCUCAGGUGCGGGGUCUGGACAUGCAAAUAUGCAAGCAAGAACAAGCGUUGGAGAUGGUUUCCGAGUUAGUGUUUCAAGCACUCCUAGUUCAAGUCAAAGUUCUGGAACAGAUGACAUAGAAUCAUUAGAUGAUGUUUAUGUCUGGGGGGAGGUUUGGUCUGGCGAGGUUUCGACUGAUGGAUCUGGGAGUCGAUUUCCUACAAAAAUUGACGUGCUGAUUCCAAAACCCUUAGAGUCAAAUGUAGUUCUUGAUGUUCAUCAUAUUUCUUGUGGUGUCCAACAUGUUGCUCUUGUUACAAGGCAAGGUGAGGUUUUCACCUGGGGCGAGGAAUCUGGAGGAAGACUUGGUCAUGGAAUUGAAAAACACUUCAGUCACCCUUGCCUAGUUGAAUUUCUUGCAGUUACUAGCAUUGAUUUUGUUGCAUGUGGUGAGUAUCAUACAUGCGCUGUAUCUGCAUCUGGUGAUUUAUAUAGCUGGGGUGAUGGUACCCAUAAUGCUGGACUCCUCGGUCAUGGCACUGGUGUUAGCCACUGGAUACCAAAAAGAGUUUCAGGUACUAUAGAAGGACUUCAAGUUGUAUCUGUUGCAUGUGGCACGUGGCAUUCAGCAUUGUCAACUUCUGAUGGAAAGAUGUUUACAUUUGGUGAUGGAGCAUUUGGUGUUUUGGGCCACGGUGACCGAGAAAGUGUUUCUUAUCCAAGAGAAGUUCAAUCGUUGAGUGGGCUGAAGACCAUUAAAGUUGCAUGUGGACUGUGGCACACUGCAGCCAUUGUAGACUUUUUAGGGCAGUCAGAUGCAUCUGUUUCAUCUAGAAGGUUGUUCACCUGGGGUGACGGUGAUAAAAAUCAAUUGGGCCAUGGAAACAAGGAAACCUAUCUGCUUCCAAACUGCGUCUCUUCACUUAUUGACUACAAUUUCCAUCAACUUGCAUGCGGACAUAACAUUACUGUUGCCCUUACUACAUCGGGUCAUGUCUUCACUAUGGGCAGUACUGCAUAUGGUCAGCUGGGCAAUCCAAAGGCUGAUGGAAAGUUACCUAGCUUAGUACAGGAUCGAUUGGUAGGCGAGUUUGUUGAAGAAAUAUCAUGUGGUGCAUAUCAUAUUGCUGUCCUGACAUCAAGAAGGGAAGUGUAUACUUGGGGGAGAGGUGCCAAUGGAAGAUUGGGACACGGGGACACCGAAGAUCGGAAGACUCCAACAUUGGUUGAAGCACUAAAAGAUAGGCACGUGAAAAAAAUAUCAUGUGGCUCAACUUACACUGCAAGUAUAUGCAUCCAUAAGUGGGUUUCCGGAGCGGACCAAUCAGUGUGCUCUGGUUGUCGGCAAUCAUUUGGUUUCACUAGAAAGAAGCGCAAUUGUUAUAACUGUGGAUGGGCGCAUUGCUAUGCUUGCACUUCCAAGAAAGUUCUGAAAGCAGCAUUGGCUCCAACUCCAGGUAAAGCGUAUCGUGUUUGUGACUCUUGCCAUGCAAAAUUAAGAGCUGCUGAGGCAGGUAAUGCCUCUAAUUUUAGUAGAAAGGCUACUGCCUCUCGUUGCUCGAUAGAUCUUAGGGAGACAUUAGACAGGGUAGGGGCAAGGAAUUCAAGAAUUUUGUUCUCUCCCACCACAGAACCAAUCAAGUACCUUGAGGUCAGGUCAGGGAAGCUGGGGGUGAAAUCUGAUUCAUAUUCUAUGGUCCGAGCUUCCCUAGUUCCAUCAUUUUCACAACUAAAAGACAUUGCAUUCCCAAGUUCUUUGACUGCUCUUCAAUAUGCUUUUUCAAUGCCUCAGCCACAACCCCAACCUCAACCCCAACCUCAACCUCAACCUCAACCUCAACCUCAACCUCAACCAGCAGCCAACUCAAGACCUGCUUCACCGUACUCAAGGAGACCAAGUCCUCCGCGCUCUGUUUCACCAGCAUUUUCUAGGAGUGUCAAUGAUAGCCUUAAGAAGACAGUCGACCUUUUGAACCAAGAAGUGAAGAGAUUGCAGAACCAAGUUAGAAGUUUAAAGCAGAAAUGUGAAAUCCAAGAUGAAGAAAUUCAAAAAUUACAAAAAAAUGCUCAAGCAGCUGCUCGGUUGGCUGCAGAGGAAUCUUCCAUGUGUGAAGGUGCAAAGGAUGUGUUCAAGUCCAUCAUUACUCAGUUAGAGGAAUUGAAAGAGAAGUUGCCUCCUGAGAUCUCGAAUAGUGAAACCUUUAAAGCCAUGCAUGCUAAAGUUGAAUUUUUUUUAAAUUCAAGUGGAACUCAUGCGUCUGAAGGUCACUCUUCUUUGCCAGCAGACUUGGUAUAUGACCAGCAAAGCAGGCCUGACAAGACUUCUUUGGUUCAUGAGUCUGCUAAUGGGACAUGUCAUAGGAUGGAAGACCAUGGUGCAGGAGUUAGAGACCUACCGCAAAAUGGUGAGAGUACUCUUCAGGAGAGUGGUAGAUCAUCUGAUACCAGAGAGGCUUUACCUCAACAAAGCACAGAAAGUGGCCCAAGGUCACCUAAAGUUUCAAAAUAUGAGGGACAAAGAGAAGUUAUUGAACAAUUUGAACCUGGUGUUUAUGUAACUCUCGUUCAACUUCAAAAUGGUACCAGGAUCUUCAAGCGAGUGAAGUUCAGCAAGCGAAAAUUUGCCGAGCAGCAGGCAGAAGAUUGGUGGAAGGAAAACAAAGACAGACUGCUUAAGAAGUACUGCCUACCAAAGAGCAGUGCAGCUGGAUCAUCCAUAUCUCCCACGUCUGCUGAGGAAAACAACGAGGUGGCACCAUCUUCCUAGGCUUGUUUUUGUAGGUUAGUAUAUUGUAAUCAAAUGCAGAAGUGGUUAAGUAGGAACAAUGACCAGCUGCUGAGUGGCAUCAUGAAUUUGUUGGGCCAACAUGGUAAUAGAUAAGAAAAUUAAAAUCUUCUGGAUAGGAUGAUACACAAGAAUUCCUUUACGAUAAAAAGGAAAAAAAAUAGAUUCAUCGGUUGCUGAAGCCUAAAUGAUAUAGAAACAAUGUUAUCUUUAAUUUUUAUCAUUCAUUUGAUUCUUGAUUCUUUUGUGUUGUAGUAUUUUUGGCUUCUGGUAGUAAUUUAUUAUGGUUGUACAGGAGAUGAACUUGCUAGCACAGAAACACAUUGUCAUUUGUAAAGCCAUCGUUGUUAUGUUGAAUCCUCUGCAGCUUAAUGAAAUG